AGAAGAAGUAAUUUUUAAAGUUAAUUAUACGAUCGAAGUUUAAUUUCAAUUUCGAAGAUAAUCACAAAAAGAAAAAUAAUAAUACAAUUACGAGUUAAGAAGCGUGAAAAAGUCAGUGGUAUAAUUCAAAACUGGAUAUAAUCGCAUUCUUAACAACUUUUAUCGAGAAGUCUUUAGUGGUGAAAGUUCUGGUGAGUGACACUAAAAAGAGAUUAUAUUCGCGACAAAACGAGCGACAAGGGUGAAGGAAGUGGUUUACCCUAUUUCACAAUUUGAUGGAGAUGAAACAAUUUUAUUUCUCGGCCGUCUUAUUCCUCUUGGCAAUUGCCGAUUCACAAGCACAAGAAAAGCUGAAGAACAUCUACUCAUGGAAAGCUUUGGAAUUUGCCUUUCCAAACGAAUUUGCCAAAUUGGCCGCUAAUAAAAAUGGAUCUUAUAUUCCUGGUGUUUCGCUACCCAUCGACGUUGAUGUCUAUAACACAGAACAACAAUCAACAGUGUUUGUGGCCAUUCCAAGGAUUCAAGAUGGUGUGCCCUUAACUUUAGGUUAUGUCACCAAAGAAAUAUCAGUGGAUGGAAAUCCAUUAAUAGCCCCGUAUCCAAGUUGGAGUUACAAUGAUAUGAAAUAUUGUGAUGGACUCACCAGUGUAUAUAGAAUGCAGAUAGACAAAUGUGGACGACUAUGGGUCCUUGACACAGGAAUAUUAGGAGAAAAACAAAUAUGUCGGCCAAAGAUUCAUGUCUUUUCUUUACGUGACAAUAAAUUAAUCACCAUGUACAGAUUUCCCCAGAAUCAGUUCAAAGAGAACUCUCUAUUCGUCACUAUAGCUGUAGAUAUUCGAGACACAGAAGACAAAUGUAAAGAUACGUUCGCCUAUAUUGCUGAUGUGACAGGAUUCGCGUUGCUCGUCUACGAUUUACGAAAUUCAAGAUCGUGGAAAAUCACGAAUAAUCUAUUUUAUCCAUAUCCACCGUAUGGCACAUUCAAUAUCAAAGGUGAUACGUUCGACCUGAUGGAUGGAAUCCUUGGCCUCGCUUUGGGACCCAUUCGUAACAACGACAGGAUACUUUACUUUCAUUCGUUGGCCAGCAGAGUCGAAUCAUGGGUGCACACUUCUGUGAUUAGAAAUUACACUCUUUUCAAUGAGAAUUCCGAGGCUGCCGCAAGAUCAUUCGUACCAUUCUCAAUUGAAAGAUCUUCGCAGUCUGUCGCCGAAGUUAUGGAUCGUAACGGAGUACUUUUCUUCGGAUUGUUAUCUGAUCUAGCGAUUGGAUGCUGGAAUAGCGAGCAUUUUAUCGAAUACGGAGGAAAUAAUAUUGAGAUAAUCGUCAGAGAUCCAGAGACGUUGCAGUUUCCGUCUGGCAUGAAGAUCAUAACAUCCAAAAAAGAUAGACAAGAAUUGUGGGUCUUCACGAUAUCAUUUCAAAAAUACAUGAGUGGUACUUUGAAUUCCGACGAGAUCAACUUCAGAAUCCAAGCUGGAUUUGUAGAUGAAUUAGUUCGUGGCACUAAAUGUGAUGUGUCUAGCUCAGGUCGCUUUAUAUCUCAAUGAGGAUCAUGGCGCCACGAGCAAUUCUCCAAUCACUAUUAUCAUAGUUCCUGGCCAUCGUGGCGGCACCCGAUUUUCAAGAGUACACCAUUUUUUAUAAACGAUUAUUUCGAAUCGUAUUAUUCUCGAAAUUACUUUAGGAAUCAUCAUUAUCAUUAUCAUAGUUAUUUGCAAAAUCCUUUUAAUAUUAAUACCGCAAGUGCGUAUUCUUCGUGGAUCAAUAACGAAAGAUUUUAAGAUAAAUUGGAAAAAUUCAAAUUAGAGAAAGAUGAAUGAAAUUGUGAUUAUCAU